AUGCCCCAAAUUGAGACAACUGGUGAGGCACAAUCUAAUGUUAGUUCAACAGAUGGUGUGCCUGUUACUGGAGGUAGAUUUCAAGUAUCAAGUGUUGAUCAUACACCAAAAAAUUCUACAGCUGUUAUCUGUGGUGAUAUAAGAAAUACCAAUAAUACUGUUAUUUUACUACAAGAUAAAGAUGGAGGAGAAAAUGUUCCACUAUGUGGAAAAAAUGAUGAUCUUGCAUUAUAUGAGGAUGAAUAUAAUACUCAAGGACAAAAAAUAGGACAUAUGUUAAGAUCAUUAUCAUUAUAUAAUGCUGUCUUACCAGCUUCACAAAAAGAAGAUGAUAUUGAAAGUACUGGUGCAGUCAAACAUUCCGCAACAGUUGGAGCAAAAAUGGGUACAAUAAUAGGAGUUUACCUUCCAUGCCUUCAAAAUAUAUUUGGUGUACUUUUUUUUAUUCGUUUAUCUUGGAUUGUUGGAAAUGCUGGAAUAUUUGGAGCUUUUUUUGUUGUUUUUAUAUGUUGUUCAGUUACAUUUUUAACAUCAAUAUCUCUUUCCGCUAUUGCAACAAAUGGAGUAGUACCUAGUGGUGGACCAUAUUAUAUGAUUUCAAGAAAUUUAGGACCUGAAUUAGGUGGAGCUAUUGGAUUUUUAUUUUAUUUAGGUACAACAGUUGCAGGAAGUAUGUAUGUUACUGGAGCUGUUGAAAUAUUUUUAUUAUAUUUAAUACCAGAAGCAAAAAUUUUUGAUGAUAUGUAUAAUAAUUUUCGAUUGCUUGGAACUAUACUUCUUAUAAUAAUUGGACUUAUUGUAUUGGCAGGAGUUAAAGUCGUAAACAAAUUUGCUCUACCUUGUGUUCUUGUUGUCAUUGCUUGUAUUUUCUGUACUUUUAUUGGUGGUUUUGUUAAAUCAAAUGGUUAUCAAGAUUUAAAAUAUUGUAUGGUUGGUGAUAGAAUUGUUAAUUUGGUUAAAAUUAGUGAACAACUUGGAAAAAUUCCAGAAUGUACACCAGAUGGAUUAAAAGAAGCAUUUUGUCCUCUUAAUAAUACAAAAGGUUGUGAUGCAUAUUUUGAUGUUAUGUAUACAAGUGGAAGAAAUCCUUUUAAUAAUCAAUCUUCAAUUAGAGAAGAGCUAGCUAUUCCUGGAUUAUUUAGUGGUGUUAUAUUUAAAAAUUUUUGGCCUAAAUAUCAAAAAGUAGGUGAUGUUAUAACAAGAGACUCAUCCAGAGGUAAUUCUGGAACAAAUGCAGAAAAAAGUCCAUAUGCCUUUGCUGAUGUAACAACAGGAUUUAUGAUGCUUAUUGGUGUAUUUUUCCCAUCAGCAACGGGUAUAAUGGCAGGUUCCAAUAGAUCUGGAAAUCUUAAAGAUGCAUCUAAAUCUAUACCACUUGGUACAUUAGGAGCACAACUUUCAACAUCAUUUGUCUAUCUUAGUGGUGUAAUUUUAAUUGGUGGAUCAGUAUCUGAUAUGUUUUUAAGAGAUAAAUUUGGUGCAUCUGCUAUGGGAAAAUUAACAAUUGCUGAGUUAGCUGUACCACAUAGAAUGUUUAUUCUUAUUGGAUGUUUUCUUUCAACUGUUGGUGCUGGAAUGCAAUCAUUAACUGGUGCUCCACGUCUUUUACAAGCUAUUGCUGCAGAUGAUGUUAUACCAUUUUUAAGAAAAUUUCAAUAUACUGAUAAAAGAGGUGAACCAUUAUUAGCUAUUCUUUUAACUUUAAUUAUUUGUGAAUGUGGAAUUUUAAUAGCAGUUAUUGAAAAUAUAACUGCUUUAAUUACACAAUUUUUCCUUAUGUGUUAUCUUGGUAUAAAUGCUGCAUGUGCACUUCAAUCAAUUAUGAAAGCACCUGGAUGGAGACCAUCAUUUAAAUAUUUUCAUUGGACAUUAUCAUCUAUUGGGGCAGCUUUAUGUAUUGCUGUAAUGUUUAUUUCAGCUUGGUAUUUUGCAUUGUUUGCUAUUGUAAUUGGUGCAGCUAUAUAUAAAUAUAUUGAAUAUGCUGGUGCAGAAAAAGAGUGGGGUGAUGGUUUAAAAGGUUUAGCAUUAUCUGGUGCACGAUUUGCUUUAUUAAAUUUAGAAGCUAAAACAAAUAUUCAUACAAAAAAUUGGAGACCUCAAUUACUUGUUCUAUUUCCAUCAUCUGGAAAAAGUGCUGGAGCUCAACCAAAAUCAGAUGAAGAUAUUAAUGAAACAUCUGAUUGUAGAAAAGGAUUGUUAUCCUUUGUGUCGCAAUUAAAAGCUGGUAAAGGAUUAACAAUGGUUGCAGAAUGUAUUCAAGGAGAUUUUGCUAAAAAUUAUUCUCUUGCUGAAAAUCAAAAAGAGAUAAUUCAUAAUUUAAUGAAACAACAUAAAAUUAAAGGUUUUAAUGAUGUUGUUGUUAGUAAAGAUUACAUGGAAGGAAUAUCUUCUCUUAUACAAACAGCUGGUUUAGGAGGUCUUCGUCAUAACACAAUUGUUAUUCAAUGGCCAACACAUUGGAGUGACCCUUCAAAUUUAGAUGAUUCUGCAAAUUUUGUUAAUACACUUCGUCAUGCUUCAGCUGGAAAAUGUGCUGUUUUAGUUCCUAAAAAUGUUCAUUUAUUCCCUUCAAGUAGUGAAAGAAUUAAUGGAUUUAUUGAUGUUUGGUGGGUUGUUCAUGAUGGUGGGCUUCUUUUACUUUUGUCAUUUUUACUUAGAAAAAAUAAAGUUUGGAAAAACACAAAAAUUCGUCUUUUUACAGUAGCAAAUGUUGAUGAUAAUACAGUUCAAAUGAAAAAAGAUUUAGAAAAAUUUUUGUAUCAUUUACGUAUUGAUGCUCAAAUUUGUGUUGUUGAAAUGCCUGAAUCUGAUAUCUCUGAAUAUGUUUAUGAAAGAACACUUAAAAUGGAAGAGAGACAUAAAAUGAUUCGUAAUUUGCAAAUAAAGGAAAAACGGGUUGAUAUACAAUCAACUAUGGAUGAUGUUGUAAGAGAACGAAAAAUGAGUAAAAUUGUUACUGAUGAAGAUAUUGCUACAAAAUUAGAUAAAGUUCAAAAACACAAUAUUCGUGGUGUAAGAUUUAGUGAGAAUGAUGAAAUUUGUAACAAAGAAGAAGAUGUAAAAAAAGUUACUAUUGAAUUAGAACCAACGCCUAGAAAUAGUCCUACUAAAAUUACUGAAGAUUGGAGUAAUAAAAUUAUAAAAAUGAAAAAUUACAAUGUACGUAAGAUGCACAAUGCAUUAAAUCUUAAUCAAUUUAUGAAAUCACAAAGUAGUGAAGCACAAUUAAUUAUUGUCAAUCUUCCUGGUUUACCAGAAUCAGGUCUUGAUACAUUUUACAUGGAAUUUAUUGAAGCGUUGACAGAAGGAUUAGAUAGAAUUUUAUUAGUUCGUGGUUCAGGAACUGAAGUUAUUACAAUAUACUCUUAG